CCACUCCCACCUCUUCUCCAGGAGAAAAGCCUGCUUGCAGAAGCGAGGGCCAGAUUUUCUGACUCGGAGGAAGCUCUUUCGGGGACGAGGCAGAGCCCCCCACAACGCGGGAUCGCCCCAGAGCGUGGCAGAGGGGCCACCUUGCUUGGAGACGGAAUGAUGCCAGCAGUAUGUAGCGGGUCAUCUCUCCCUGGUGGUGGAGGGGAAGGAGUUGUGAUGGGAAAAGAUCAGGAUUUGGUGACCUUUGAGGAGGUGGCUGUGUAUUUCUCCGAGGAAGAGUGGGCCCUGCUGAAUCCGAAUCAAAGGUCCCUGCACAGGGAAGUUAUGGUGGAGAACUCGGAGAUUCUGGCCUCCCUGGCAGGUGAUGAAUGGGACAGUGAGGAAAAGGGAGAGUCUCCCGGGAUGUCUCUGGAAAGAGAAACAUGUGAGAAGAGGGAACAGCAGAGAAGGAAAACCGAAGCAAAUCAGAAGAUGAGGGGAAAAGCCUCUGCCUCUCAGGACACUGACUGCCACGAAAUCACAGCUCAGGAAGAAGUGGAUGAGAGACAGGAAAAGAACAGCCCUUCCAUGCUGAGGGAAACAGAGGAGAAACCAUAUCAGUGCUUGGAGUGUGGAAAGCGCUUCCAUUUCAGUUCCGACCUGACUUGCCAUUUCAGAACCCAUACGGAGGAGAAGCCAUAUGUAAGCCUAGAGUAUGGAAAGGGCCUCAGCGUGACAACAGGCCUCAUGGCCCAUCAAAGUAUUGACACAGAAGAGAAACCAUAUAAAUGCCUGGACUGUGGAGAGAGUUUCUGUUUGAUCCACUCGGUGGAGGAACCAUAUCAGUGCUUGGAGUAUGGAAAGAGCUUCACGGAGAAUUCAAAUCUCACUUCCCACCAAAGUACCCAUGUGGAGGACAGACGCCUGGAGCAUGGAAAGACUUUCGGUUCGAAUGCAGAACUGUCUUCCCACCGAACAACCCACAAAGGGGAGAAACCAUAUAAAUGCCUGGAAUGUGGAAGGAGCUUCAGCGGCAGAACAGCCCUUGUCUCCCAUCAGACAACUCACACAGGGGAGAAACCAUUUAAGUGCACCGAGUGUGGAAAGAGCUUCAGUCAGAAGGUAAACCUCACUUCUCAUCAGAGAACCCACACAGGGGACAGGCCGUACAAAUGCUUGGAGUGUGGGAAGAGUUUCCAUUUCAGUUCCAACCUUACUUGCCACCAGAGAGUUCACACAGGGGAGAAGCCGUAUGGAUGCCUGGAAUGUGGAAAGUGCUUCAGCGGGAGAACAGGCCUCAUUGCUCAUCGAAGUAUUCACACAGGCGUGAGACCAUAUAAAUGCCUGGAGUGUGGAAAGAGCUUCAGUCAGAAGGUGAAUCUCAAUACUCAUCAGAGAACCCACACAGGGGACAGACCAUAUAAAUGCUUUGAGUGUGGAAAGAGCUUCCGUUCCAGUCCAGAACUUUCUUCCCAUCAAACAACUCACACAGGGGAGAAACCCUACCAGUGCUUGCAAUGUGGAAAGUGCUUCAGCGUAAGAACAGGCCUCAUUGCCCAUCAAACAACUCACACAGGAGAGAAACCGUAUCAGUGCUACGAGUGUGGAAAGAGCUUCAGCCAAAAGGUAAAUCUUGCUUCUCACCAGAGAACCCACACAGGUGACAGGCCAUAUCAAUGCUUGGAGUGUGGGAAGAGCUUCCAUUUCAGUUCUAACCUUACUUGUCAUCAGAGAGUUCACACAGGGGAGAAGCCAUAUGGAUGUUUGGAGUGUGGAAAGAGUUUCAGUGGGAAAACAGGUCUCAUUGCUCAUCAAAGAAUUCACACAGGAGAGAAACCGUACCAGUGCUUGGAGUGUGGAAAGAGUUUCAUUCAGAAGGUGAAUCUCACUUCUCAUCAAAGAAUUCACACAGGAGAGAAGCCAUAUAAAUGUUUGGAGUGUGGAAAGAGUUUCCGUUCAAGUCCGGAACUUUCUUCCCAUCAAACAACUCACACAGGGGAGAAACCAUAUAAUUGUUUGGAGUGUGGAAAGAGUUUCAGUCGAAGCCCAAACCUUGCUUCUCAUCAGAGAAUUCACACAGGGGAGAAACCCUAUCAAUGCUUGGAGUGCGGAAAGAGCUUCAGUAGGAGCACAUACCUCUCUUCUCAUCAAAAAAAUCAUGUGGGGGAGAAGCCCUAUAAAUGUUCAGACUGUGGCAUGACAUUUUCUGUUAAAUCAAGCCUUGCUUCUCAUCAACGAAUUCACACGGGGGAGAAACCCUACCAGUGCUUGGAGUGUGGAAAGAGCUUCAUUCAGCGUGGAAUCCUGACUACCCAUCAAAGAACUCACACAGGAGAGAAACCGUAUAAAUGCCUGGAAUGUGGAAGGAGCUUCAUUCAACGUGGAAUCCUGACUAAACAUCAAAUGACUCACUCUCGUGAGGAAAUAUUAAUGCACGGCAUGUGGAAAGGUUUUCAGUAGAAGCAUGCGUCUCACUUUCCAUUAAAGAAUUCACACUGGGGAGAAGCUAUAUAAAUGUUUGGGGUGCAGGAAGAGCUUCUGCGUAUGCAGGCACACCUGUGGACAUUGAAGAAUCCACAAAGCGGAGAACCCUAUAAGUGAAGCGUGGAAAAAUCUUAAGCACACGUGAAAUCCUUUCUGGGCAUCCAAUAAUUCGUACUAGGAAGAACUCAUUAAAAACGUGUAUGGAGUGUUGAAAGGUUCUUGGUGGGAAGACUUAAGAUGAUCCCUGCUGGGUCAGAACAGUAGGAAGCAUAAUAAGCAGGGUGUAAGGUCAACACCCUCUCCCAAUUCUGCUCCCGAGUGACGAGGAUUCAGAUGCACGCUGCCUCUGAUUCUGAAGGCAAUAUAUAUCCAUCAUGAAUGGUAGCCAUUAGCAGUCUUAUCCUCGACACAUUUGUCUAAUUGUACUACAUCUUGUGGCAGUGAAUUCUGUAGUUUAGCUAUGUGCUGUGUAAAGAAGGUCUCCCUUACCCGUCCCAGAUUUUCUACCGUUUACCUUCAUUAGAUGAUAGUAGAACUGUAGCUUUGGAAGGAACAACCUCUUGCAAUAUAGGAAUAACUGCGAAGGAAUCCUUGACCACCCAACCUAGUUUAAAAAUAUCCUUCUUACCAUCAGAAUGACAAUUGCAACUGACUACUCGCCCUUUACCUUCAGGUCCCAGGGUGGGUAACAACAACUAAAACACAAAAUUAAAAA